AUGCCCGACCCGCCUCCCGGCCUGCGGGGUGAACGCGCGGUUAAGCCGCCCGUGCCCUCUCGCCCCUGCUCGCGAUCCGGAGAGGGCCCGUACGGCAUUUUUGCUGGAAGAGAUGCAUCCCGAGGUCUUGCCACUUUCUGCCUGGAUAAGGAGGCUGUGAGGGAUGACUAUGAUGACCUCUCUGAUCUCAAUGCUACACAGCAAGAGACCUUGAGGGACUGGGAGUCACAGUUCACUUUUAAGUAUCACCAUGUUGGUAAGCUGCUGAAGGAAGGGGAGGAACCCACUGUAUACUCAGAUGAAGACGAGAAAGAUGCCCAGGAUGCAAAGAAAGACUAGAGGGUGCAGUGAGGAACAAUCUAUUUUUCAGUCAUAACGGAUCAUUUGUAACAUUCCACUUCUGUUUUACAAGCUGCAACAGCAGCAAUGCGUACAAAAGGUCUAGAGUUACGGUGACUUGUUUCUUUUCAAAGGUUUCCUUUUCAGGUUCAUUGGUGAACUACUAAAGGUCUAGGAUCUGUCUUCCUUUAAACUUGCAUAAUCUGAAGUAUGCACGGAAAAUGUCUGUGCUAAAGUAAACCGCAGUUUUGGCAAUAAAGGACUAUUACGGUUU